CGCAAAUGACGAAUGAAAAGGCUAGGCUGUGGCUAGGGAUGACGAAAAGCCACUGAUUGCUCGUAUGAUACGCCUCGAUUACACCAUAUACGGGCAUUGUUGUGUAUUGCCGGCUGGAACCUUCAGCUGCUGUGAACAGUCACGGUACACCAGUUACGGCCGGAGGAACGAAGCAGAUGAUAUAAAAGCGGGGGGUUCACCCCUCCUUCGCUCCAAGAAUCAUCUUAACUUUGCCUCCAAGCAAUAUUUCGGGAAACUCUCCAUAUCCACCUCGAGAUCGAACAAUAUCAAAUUCGUACUCUUCAAUUAACUCUCGAUCUCCAUUUCUACUCUUACAGUCCAAAGCAAACCACCUUUUCACAAUGUCGGGCCCGUACGAUCAGUAUAACCAAGGCUACAACCAGGGCGGUUACGGCCAGCAACAAGGGUACCCUCAGCAGCCAUACAACCAGGGUUAUCCUCCCCAGCAAAAUUAUCCUCAAGGCCAGCAAGGCUAUGACCAACAACAAUAUGGCGGAUAUCCCCAACAGCAACAGUAUGGCCAGUAUCCUCAGGACCAAGGCUACCAACAAGGACAGCCCCAGUCGCAUCAGUCGGAGCAAUACGGUCAACAAUACGACCAGCAGGGUGGCGCUCCCGGUGGAGCUCAAGAUGGUGAACGUGGUAUCGGAGGCGCGAUCACUGGCGGAAUUGCUGGCGGCUACGCUGGGUCCAAAGCGAACCACGGAUUCAUUGGCACAAUUGCUGGUGCCGUUAUCGGAAGCCUUGCGGAGGAUAAACUAAAGAAGCACGGUAAAGAGAGCCAUGGCCACGGCGGAAGCAGCGGCGGAAGCCAGUUCGGUGGCGCCGCCAGCAGCCUUGGGUCACUCUUUGGCAAGAAGUAGAAGGAUGUUUGAUGGACCGUGUUGAUAUCGUUGCUUUCCUUUGUUAACCGUGCAUAUAUGCUAUUAUACUUUGACGGGUGCCUCGUUUGUCGCAUUCAGCUCAUGAUUGGGUGUUAAUCUGCACUUUUUUUCUCUCACUUUUAAUGAAUUAUGGAUUAUCAGUUUGAACAGAAGGCAGGCAUUUAGCACGUCCAUUGGUCUUUGUUUCGAUCGCCCUGUAGGGCUGAGGGGUAAAGAAGCCGAUCGUGUGCAAGACAGAAUUCCACAGCAAUCCGGAA